UAACCUCACUUCAAAAUAUCAAAACACGGUGUGCAAUGCGUAGGUAUUUACUAAACGUAUCAUACAUUGGCACACUCUUUAGAGGUCUUCAGCGACAAGUUGGUGUCGCAGAAGCAGAGGGAAGGGCAAAUGAUUUCCUAACCGUUCAGGGACAGAUUGAGUUUGGUUUGAAGAGACUACACCCUGUCAACGAUCCAUGUGUUGUACUAUCGAGCAGAACGGAUGCAGGUGUUCACGCACUACAUAACACCAUGCACGUCGACUUGCAAAGGGAAGGAGAAAUGCCUUAUGAACCUUCGUAUAUUUCGGCUCGUUUAAACCAACAUUUUAUGAAAAACGAAAUACCAAUCAGAGUGCUAUCAACUUAUUUAGUUCCCGAUGACUUCCACUGUCGACACAAAGCCAUUUCACGCACAUACCUCUACAGGCUGGUCGUGAUUAAAGAUAACACAACAAUGAUAACACAGCAUUUACCCCUACAAGAAUUCGACCGCUCAAUAUAUAUAAGUUCUAGCGAAUUCAAUUUUGAAAAAUUAAAGGAAGCAACUCGACUAUUCGUUGGCCAUCACGAUUUUCGAUCGUUCAUGCAUAAAGCGAGUAAGGCGCCCGAUUUGAUCACGAGAAAAGUUAUGGAGAAGUGUGAAGUUUUGGAAACGAGACCGUUUUGGUCAGAAUCGUAUGCGUGGCCUUACUGUGUUAGUGCAAAUAGGGAAAAUUACAAAGCGUACGAGAUAACUUUAAAAGGGAGUGGAUUUUUGCACAAGCAGCCUGACCAUUCAAUGGCCUGACAUAGUCCGCCCCUUGCUGGUAAGAUAAGCACAGCACAGUAGCAGUGUGGGUUGCGUGUCGUUAGGCGCAUUUUUUUUUCACGUACAGUAGUGCGUUGUUUUU